AUCUGCCUUAGUUAUGUAUGUUUGCCCUUGUUCGUUGUGAAGUGAGGAAAAAGCAGACAUCUGCACAAGCCAAAGGCGUCUUACCUGCCUACCUUCUUUCCGUAGACACAUAGCGACAUUCCGCCAGAAGUCAUGGUUGCCCCAUCUGUUCUCGCCCUGCUGGCCAGCCUGGCUUGGUCAGCAGUUGCCGCGGCCACCACGGAGUCGUUGAGAGCAACAAAGGCCGGGUUGCGCCUCAUCAAGACAUCCCCGGAAGACGGCGGACAGUGGAUAACCGAAGAGCAGAAGAUUCGAGACUACAAAUCAAAGGGCAUCGGCUUUGUCGACAUAACUGACAUCACCGACCCCGAAGUGCUCGCCGCACUGUCAGCACCCGACUCCCGCAAUGGAAACAACACCGUCUCGGCACAGGCUGUCUCGUACCCGUCCAGCGUCAGCCACCAAGCCGAGGCCAAUCCACUGGUGGCAGCAGUCUCGACUACGAAUCCUAAGACUUGGCUGAAGACCUUGACCGACUUCUAUAACCGCUAUUAUAGAAGCUCGUACGGGACCCAGGCCGGCACCUGGCUGUUCGACACCAUCAGGAGCGUCGCCGCGGCCAAUCCAUCCAUUACCGUGACUCAGUUCACCCACUCCUUCAACCAGCCAUCCCUCAUUGCUAAAAUUCCGGGCACUACGUCAAACCUAGUCAUUGUCUCGGCGCACUAUGACUCUACCGGCGGGUCCUCGACAGCGCGUGGACCAGGCGCUGACGACAACGGGUCCGGUGUCGUGGUCCUCCUCGAGGCACUUCGGGUGUUGGCCGAGGAUGGAUUCAAGCCCAAGAACACUCUCGAGUUCCAUUUUUACGCCGGCGAGGAAGGCGGCCUGCUCGGCUCACAGGCCGUCUUCUCCAACUACAAGUCGGCCGGCAAGAGCGUGCUCGCCGUCGUCAACCAGGACAUGGCAGGCUAUUCGCCCAGCGGGAAACUGUCCAUCUACACUGACUAUGUUGACUCGGCCCUGACCGCAUAUACCCGGAUCGUGGCUACCGCAUACGUCGGCUCGACUACGAGCGACACCUGCGGAUACGGAUGCUCGGAUCAUGCGUCAGCGAGGUCCAACGGGUUCCCGGCGGCCUAUGUGUGUGACGAGCGGAUGGACACCUCGUCACCCUACAUUCAUACUCCCAACGACGCUUACUCGACUAUCAUGUGGGACGCUGUCCUCCGACACGCCAAGUUCACGGUCGCGUUCUUGGUGGAGGCUUCCUACCUCUGAGUGAGUAUUACCAGGGCCUCUACCCCCUUUGGGUAGCUGAAGAAUGGGUGGCACGCUUUAACCUUGGGACGUUGGAAGUGGUCGGAGCAGUCUGGCCUUAAUAUUCUUGAAAAGGCAUUGUGAACCACGCCGGAAAUGAUUGCCAUG